AUGGCAGGAGACCAUUCUAACAGCUUUCUUGAAAAGCUGAAGAGCUAUUCCAAUAACGAAUCUUUCUCGGAUAUCGCUAUUCGCUACGAGGACACUGAGUUCAAGGCUCACACGGUGAUCUUGUCGUGCCAUUCCGAAUACUUCGCCAAGCAGUUAGCUGGCUCGUGGAAAGAGAGUAUUGAGAAAGUAAUACACAUUACAGACUUCGAUAAUAGCGUCAUUGAGGCGAUGCUUCACUUCAUCUACCACUUCGAGUAUACCGACGAGUCAAAAGAACCAGCCAUGGUCUUUCAUGCCAAGGUCUACCAAAUCGCCGAUAAAUACGGUAUAUUCUCACUCAAAGAGCACGCCAAGCAGAAGUUCAGCCCUGCAGUCAAGGCCAGCUGGUCUACGGAAGAUUUUCCGAUCACGAUUAACGUUGUCUAUACCACCACACUAUCCGAGGACAGAGGGCUCCGCGAUCUGGUUGUUGAAACCUCAAACGCGAACCUUGAAAAGCUGAUCAGUCGAGAUGGUUUCUGCCAAGCGCUUCGGUCCACGACCGAUUUCGCAGCGGAUUUGGUGCCAUUCACAUGUGGCAAGAUGCCUGGGUCGAUCCAUCACUACCGGUGUCCUUUUUGUGAGCGGGAUUUUCAUCUUGACGAUCCGAAGGGGAAGACUCGGUUCUGUCCUAGGUGUGGCCGAGGGCAGUCAUCGUGGGAUAAGCACAAACAAGUCGAUGGGAAAUGUACUGAGGAUCAAGUUUAUGACUUAUCCGAUUAG